UCCAUAUUUGGUACGGCCAUGUUUAACUUUAAUAUGGUAGAAUAUAUUUAUAUAAUAUUAAUUAUUAAUUUAAAAUUAAUGGUUAAAAUUUGUAAUUCAAUAAAAAAUUAUUUAUUUUUAAAAUUUUAAAUUUAAAUUUUUAAUAAAAUCGCAACUGUUCAAUUUCAUAUUAAAUAUGUAAAUUAGAAACGUGAUAGAAUUUUAAUCCAAAUAAGUAAAAAGAAAAUAAAAAUAAAGUUUAUAAGAAACAAAAUCGCUACAGAAAAUCACCUGUUGUACAGAAUCAUGCUAAAAGAAACCAAGAUUCCUGUGACCAUAAUUUGUACAUACUUUACUCUGCUUUUAUUUAGCCUACUCUGUACUGUUAAAAGAAAAUUACCACAGUAGAAAGAGGUAAAUUUUUGAAAUCGUUUUUUAUCCAGUACGGUCCCCGACGUCAUUACAAGUAAUCGUCGCUACUGCUGCCUUCAGGCCUCCAAAAGAAACUAACUGCAAACCGUCACCCUGCAUAAUAAAACUCGAAAAUUAUUCCCCUUUUAUGCCCCAUUCUGCUUUAAAAAAUUGUGGAAGGAAUCAUGACUCGCAAGGCCAAAAACUCACGUAAAUCUCUUCAAUUCUCCUCCAGGCAUGACUACAGUGAAAGCACUUCUCCAUCUCAAUCUCCCUAUGAUUCAAAUGAUGAUGAUGAUGAAAUUGAAGAUGAUGAUGAAGAACAGCCCAUAAUAUCAGAGUCCGUUACCAAUAGUCUCAAUGCUGACCAAUUAUCCUCAAGUUCUUACAGUAACUCUCAAACCAAUAAUUCUUACAUAAAUGUUGCACCAUUACCAGUCUUUCAUGGCAAUUCUAAUGAAUGUCCUAUAGCACAUUUAAGCAGGUUUGUCAAAGUUUGCAGAGCGAAUAAUGCUUCUUCUACUGAUAUGAUGAUGAGAAUCUUUCCUGUCACUCUUGAAAAUGAGGCUGCACUUUGUUUUGAGCAGGUUAAAAGCAUUAGAGGCACGAAGCAAAAGGUUGUGAAGUGUGGGUUUUGUGAGGGGUCCCAUGAGGAAAAUUGUUGUGUUGUUCGAGAGAAAAUGAGAGAGUUGUUCAGAAACAGUAAGAAGAAGAUGAUGAUUCCUAAGGAGGCAAGUGAGAGAAGCGAAGCCGGAAACGAAAUGGCAGAGAAUAAGGAUGGUAAAGAAGGAGAAGAAGAAGAAGAAGUAGAUGUUGGUGAUGAUAAAGAAGAGAAACGGAUGCUUAGUUCGAGCAAGACGGGGAAAAGCCCAUGCCAGUGUUCGAAACAUCAUUGCUGGAUGAAGAAAUUUGAGAGGAGUAACAGCGUGACAACAAGAAAUUCUGCUGCAGAAUGAUUUGUUUAUGUUUUUCGCUUUUUUUUUCCGAAUGUGUUUUUGUCUGCCCAAAUUUGGAAUUGUUCUGUAUCUCUGUAUGUUGUAAGUGGCAACUGAUAAAUUGGAAGGUGUUGAUAGAUAGCUCUAAUCCUUUGUUUUGCACUCUUGAUUCACAAUGAAAGCAAAUUAUCAACUAAAUUGAGCAGAAAGACAGGGGAGACAGAUAUAAAAUAGAUUCUCGGUUAAAACUUCUGUCCACACAAUUAAACUUUUGUACAUCAGAGCUGUUGAAUGAGAAGCUUCCAAGUGUAACUUGUUCAUCCAACAGCUAUGACAAUAUGUGCACUUCUCACCAGUUUCAUUGUCCUACAAGAAAUUAACUUCUCUCUCCUCAAAAGCCUUUUGGAAAAAUUGUUUAGCUACAGCUACUGCAACUUAUAAAUAUGAUGCCCUCCAUAUUGCCAUUUAUGGUUGAAAAUGUAACUUGGGAAUGGAUAAACAGAAAAUGGAGGUUGAAAAACAAAGGAGGGUCAACAACUAGUCGUUGUAGUAUAGUGGUGAGUAUUCCCGCCUGUCACGCGGGUGACCCGGGUUCGAUCCCCGGCAACGGCGUAAAUCUUUUUCAGCGUUCAACUUUCUAGUUUCAAGUUUAAUUUAAGAAAAAUUACAAAAACGAAAUCUUAUUUUUUUAUUUUUUUACCAUAUUAUAUUUUUGAAAAAAAAAUAUAUAUUUUUUUUUAAGAAUUACACAGUAAAAAGGAUUUUUUUUUUUUUUUUACUUUAAGAUAUUUCUAAGAAAUCUUUUCAAUUUACAUGGCAAUUUCAGUUUCUCUCUUCGUUCACGGAAAAACUGUUGUUUAAAAAAAUCAAAUUUCUCAUGCAAACAAUUAUUCCAACAACAGCAUUCAAUCUCCAGUUAAAAUUAGGAGGGCAUGAUGAUAACGUAAUUCAAUGGAAGAAAAGAUAGAGAGAAAAGAAUCUGAUAUUCUUAAUCAAACAACAAAUUCAAACCUUUAAGUACGGGAUCUUAAUGAAGAAGAAUAAGAUCCGGACACAAGAAGAAUAAUUCACACAAAGAGAGUAUUUUUAGAAGAAUGUAAUUCUAUUGAUAAUUUCAUUUCAGCUCCCU